UCCCUCUCGGCCUCUUCCUCUCCUCGGACCCUUCGUUCCCCCUCCACCUCUCUCUCUCCAUCUCCUGCGAGGAGCUUGCGACGGCCAUGGCGGCGGCGGCGGGGAGGAGGGAGGUGCUGAUGCUCGAGGCGCCCCCGGACCCGUCCCGCGCCGGGUGGUCCACCGCGGCGGCGGGGGCCGACGUGGUCGACGCGCUCCCCUACGUCGACGACGACUACGGCGACCCCAGAGUGAAGGCCGAGGUCGACCGCCUCGUCGAGGAGGAGAUGCGCCGAGGCCCCAAGAAGCCCGCCGAUUUCCUCAAGGAGCUCCCCCCCAUGCCCACCGCCAACUUCGACGACCAUCCUAUGCUUGCAAGAGAGUAUGAACGUGUGAGGGCUGGCAAGCCUCCUGCAACUUUAGAGAUGUCUCGUUAUGGAUUAGAACCUCCUCCAGUGAACAAACGUAAUGAUGUUGCUGCUUGGAGGCAGGCUGUUCGAAAUGCUCAGAGCCUCUUGCAGCAUCAAACAAUACGGAUUGAAAAUCUGGAGCUUAUGCUGAAGCAUGGUGUUGAUGUCUGGAAACAUCAGAACAAGCAAAUGGAAUCCUUCUUGUCUAGAAUGCAGAAGAUGGCUAUGGAAUACAAUGAAAAGAUAGAAGCAGUGAACCGUGAAAGGAAGUUCCAUCAGCAAAACACAGGUAUGCAACUGGAAGCCCUUACAGCACAAUGGAGGGAGCUAUGCCAGAAGAACAUAGCAAUCCAAGCUGCGUGCUCUGAUCUUCAGAAUCAUAUCAAUCAGCUCAAGCUCGAAGCAAAAGAAAGUGGUCUUAAUUUAGAUGCCAAUAACGAAAACCAAUCUUCACUGUCCUCGGUGAGUUAAGGAAGCAUGAGCAGAUUGGUUCCUUAGUUCAUGAACAACUUGUUGCCGUGAGGACCGAGGACCUAGUCGGAACAUAGAAUUCAACUGCUAGAUAUUGGUCCAAUUUCCAAGUUGUUUGGAUUUAAGGGGGUGGAUGCUAGAUUAAGAAAUGAGUGAAGUUGUUGCUGAAUUAUUCUGCUCUAGUGAUCUGGGAGAGGGAGUUGUCUUUCCCAUAAUGAUUUUGCUUGCAACAUCAUUUAUUAAGGUCAAUGUUUAUUGUUGCCACAACUUGGGUAGAAAACUAAUUGUUGCACCAGUAACAGCAUUCACGCAUUGCCCCUUUUUUUUUCUGCCUUUUUGCAGUUCUUUAAUUAAUGCUUGGCCUUACAAAUGAAAUUAGCCCGUUCUAACUUGAAUACUUUUA